AUGGCUGUGUGGUGGAGGACUCUGUUUUUCCCUCUUCUUCUUCUCUCUCUGAGUUGUGCGUACCCAAGUUAUGCAGCUCCUUCAGGCCAACAGCGUGCGUCUCCCUAUCGAAACUUCCUCACCUUCACCAGGAGCAUCCGCGCCCACGUUCAACAUCUUCUCCGGAGAUAUAAAGAACAGCAGCUGGGAGACCGACACUUUGAAGACCGUAACCUGGAGAUGAGCUCCCUGCCCUCCCUAUCCACAAACUUCCUCGGCUGGCUUCAACAGAAGGACUGGGAACGACUGACUGGGGCUUCUCGGGACCUGAACACCUACUGGAGUCAGCUGGACCGGAAGAGAAAGCAGAUGGAGAUGGAGAAGGAACGCACGAUGAUGAGCCACGGAUCAAAGGCCGCGAGCAGGAACCCACCCACCUUACCUCAGAGUUUUUCGCGAAUUCAGAGGGAAAUAAGUGACCUCGUCAAUCAAGUCAACUUCCAGCUGAGAUUUGUCAAAGUCUCCCCGGUGAGCACCACCUCACCCCCGAAACUGACCGGCUCAGCGACCCCGCCCGCCAGCACCGCCCCCCCCCAGCAGACCCUGUGGCUCAGCCGCCUGGAGGGGUACGUCAUCCUCAGAGACCUGGAGCGCUACCUGGUCAAGUUGACCCGAGACUUCCUCUUGCUGGCGUCUAAACAAACGGGCGGCUCGCACAGCGAGGGCUGA